CAUUUAUUUCAGACCUCACCUCCGCGCCGCACAUGGUACUUUGAUGUGCAAUCAUCCUUUUACUGGGAUCGACGUCCCGUUCCUUUCUUUUGACGCCUGAUUUUCUCGUCUUUUGUCUUUGACAGACGCCUUUGAUCUCGAGGGUCGGCUCUGCCAAUCUCGCAUCCCACCUUGCCACCCCCUCUCACAGAAAUUCUACAGCCGCAUUCUCAACGCACAAUGGCACCCCCCGGGCGCCGGAGAGCUUCUCCCUCGUCCUUCGCGGUUCUGCUCGGCCUUGUCUUCCUCUUCUCGUCGACCGCAUCCGCCGCGUCCGCCGUCCUGGGCAUCGAUCUCGGAACAGAAUACAUCAAAGCGGCGCUCGUGAAGCCGGGCAUCCCGCUCGAGAUCGUCCUCACCAAAGACUCGAAGCGAAAAGAGGCCUCGGCCGUUGCUUUUAAACCCCUGAAAAGCGGAACCCUGGCCGCUGACUCCUUCCCCGAGCGCUUCUAUGGCUCUGAUGCUGUGGCUCUCGCCGCUCGGUUUCCGGGCGAUGUUUACCCGAAUUUGAAAGGGCUGCUGGGUAUACCAAGAGAGGGCGAUGCGGUGAAGGUUUAUACGGAGCGAUAUCCAGCGCUUGAGGUGGUGGAGCUAGAGGGCCGUAAGACGGCUGCGUUGAAGAGCGGCAUCUUCGCCGAGGGAGAGAAGUCCUUCUCUGUAGAGGAGCUGCUGGCGAUGGAGCUGAAGAAUGUGAAGGAGAAUGCGAAGGCGCUGGCGGGUAAGGGGACGGAUAUUCAGGAUGUCGUGUUUACGGUUCCGCCGUUUUAUACAGUGGAUGAGCGACGGGCGCUGGAGGUUGCGGCCAGACUUGCAGGCUUGAAGGUCUUGGGCAUGGUUUCGGAUGGAUUAGCUGUCGGCAUUAAUUAUGCUACUAGUCGGACUUUCCCUGUGGUCAAUGACGGAGGCAAAGCCGAAGUCCACUUGGUGUUCGACAUGGGCGCUGGGUCAGCCUCUGCGACUGUCCUGAAGUUCCAGGGCAAGACGGUCAAGGAUAUUGGAAGGUUCAACAAGACUAUUCAAGAGGUACACGUUCUCGGCACCGGCUGGGACAGGACUCUAGGGGGCGAUUCUUUGAACAUGCUUCUCGUCGACGACAUGAUCUCGUCCUUCGUUGAGCUUCCUGGCGCAAAGAGCGCAGAGCUUACUACAGAGAGGAUCAAGACCCACGGACGGACCGCCGCGAAGCUCUGGAAAGAGGCAGAGAAGGUUCGCCAGGUUCUUAGCGCCAACACGCAGACGUCCGCCCUUUUCGAGAGCUUCCUCGAUGACGUCGAUUUCCGAUACAAGGUCACCCGCUCCAAGUUUGAGGAGCUCGCUGCUAAUUUUGCAGCUCGAGUGGACGGACCUGUCAACCAAGCGCUGGCGACCGCCGGGCUUACCUUUGCGGACAUUGACUCUGUCAUUGUUCACGGUGGUGCAUCUCGCACUCCAUUUGUUCAGAAUCGUCUGGAGACACUCGCUGGCAAAUCCAAGAUUAGGGCCAACGUCAACGCCGAUGAGGCAGCCGUGUUCGGUGCUGCUUUCAAAGCUGCUGGUCUCAGCCCGUCUUUCCGCGUCAAGGAAAUCCGUGACAUCGAUACCCAGGGAUAUGCGCUCGGUAUUCAAUACAUGUUCAAUAUCAAGGAUCGCGACCAGAAGAUCUUCACGCCGACAUCGAAGAUUGGAGCUACCAAGGAUCUUCCAUUCCAGAUGAUGGGCGAGUUUGAGUUUACCAUGUAUCAAGCUGUGCCUGGUGGCGCAGAAGAACUCGUCAAGUCGCCAGCCCUUCAUUUCAAGAGUGGAAACUUGACUAGACAAGUCACGAAGAUGAUUGAUACGGAUGGAUGUGACAGGGAGACUUUCAACAACUACGUCCAGGUCAGGUUGAGCCCUGUUACCGGUGCCCCUGAGGUUACCUCUGCCUGGGUUACUUGCGAGGCUGAGGUGGAAGAGACCAAGGGUGGUAUGAUGGAGGGCGUCAAGAACCUGUUUGGUAUGGGUGGCAAGAAAGACCAGGAACCCUUAAAGGAGGCCGAGAGCUCUUCUUCAGAGUUACAGUCCGCUAUAUCCUCCGAGUCUUCGUCUUCAUCUACUUCGCCAUCUACCUCCUCAGAUCCAGAAACAACGGAAGCGGCAAAGUCUGGUGGGAGCAAGAAGAAGGAGGUCAAGUCCUCAAUCACAUUCCAUGUUACGCAGCAAGGAUACGAAAAGCAUCCACGCAAGGAAUUUAAGCGGAUGCAAGAUAGACUCUCUGCAUUUGACUCCUCUGAUCGCGCACGUCGUGUCCGUGAAGAAGUCCUCAACUCCCUCGAAGCCUUUACCUACCGUAGUCGCGACCUCCUUGAGAACGAAGACUUUAUAGCUGCAUCCACAGACCAGGAGCGCUCCACGCUGGAGGAAAAGCUCAGCGCAUCUUCCGAUUGGAUCUACGCCGAGGGUCACGACGCCACAGAAGACAUUUUGAAAGCAAAACUAAAGGACCUCGAAGCCCUCGUAAACCCCAUUCUCAAGAGGAAAGAUGAGGCCGCAAAGCGACCCGAAGCCAUCAAGACCUUCCAAGAAGCCCUCGACAGCUUGAAGAGCAUCAUGCCCAUGGUCAAAGAAACUAUUGAAAAAGCCGCAGAAGCAUCCAAGAGCGCCGAAGAAGCCAGCAAAUUCGCAGCAUCGGCAACUUCGUCUGCCGCGGAAGCCGCAUCUACCACUGCCGACCCGCUCGCGGAUCUAGAGGAAGAAGAUAUGCUCAAACCGUCGAACUCUGGGACUGCGGAUUCGCCUGUGCCGACGUCGCCGCUCGAUAUCUAUACUGCUGAUGACCUCAAACUUUUAGAGGAGAAGGUGGAUAAAGCAAAAAAGUGGAUGGAGGAGAAGCAGGCGGUGCAGAAUAAACUGAAAGAAAGUGAUGACCCUGCGUUCAGUGUUACGGAUCUUCAAGAUCAGACGAAGAAACUGAAUGAUGCGGUUAUGGAGAUGAUGAUGAAGAAAAUGCGCGCGAUGCAACAACCUCCGAAGCCGAAGCCUAAGCCUAAGCCCAAGACUAAGAAGCCGAAAAAGCCGAAGAAGCCGGCUAAGGACGAUAAAGAUAAGGCCGAAACCAAGGAGGAGAGGAAAGCCGCCGCUGAGCCCUCGGACGAAGAACUCAAAGAAGCGCUCGAAAAGGCGGGCAUCAAGGGCGAAGGCGUGAAGCUGAGUAAUAUCGGCGAUAAGAAGGAGCUUAAGGAUAAAGGUGGCAGGCCGCUGGUCAAGCUAGAUCUAGGCGAGGAUGCCACAGAGGAAGAUAUCAUGGAGGCGAUUGAGAGGGCGACGAGAGAAGGGAGGGAGAGGUUGGAGAAGGAGAAGGAGGGGAAGCGCCAUGAUGAACUGUGAGGAGUGUGUGGGAUGGAAAAGAAAGAGUAUCGAUGGAAGGGCAUAGAUAUGGUGUGAGUAUUAAGGUGUAUACGUAGCCAGUAGACAGCAUGGGUAGGAGUUUAUGGGAUAUAGCUACUUUUUUUUUAGGAAUAUGUGGUGUGGUGCUAUGCUUGUAAGAGGAUCUCAGUAUGCACGGAUACUGUAUCACCUUUUUCUCCGAAACAUUUCAGUUAAUUUGAAAUUCAAAGCCUGUUUUAGAUAU